UCCCCUGCUCUCUAACUCGGUUAAGAACAAUUUUAUUAAAUAAUAGGCCAUGUAUAAUUUCUUAAGUGGCACAAAUUAUUUUCAGAUUGUAUCCAAACAUGAACAGAAUCCAUGCACCUCCAGAAUUUUGAAUGUUGCUUAUCGCAGGCAGAUUAUCUGUAGGCACAAUAGCAGUUGCCAUAGUUGGUCAAGAGGCUUGAGAAUGGACAUGGUUUUUAAAAACUAAUCCAUUUUAAGUUAUCUGAAGAACUUACUGUAAAAAGACUUUUUGUUCUAAAGAUGUCUCCCACUCCAGAGAAGGAGCAGUCUUGGCUGAGGAUUCCCUGCCGUGGGUCUCCAUCUCAGUCAUUUUGAGUUUGGCCUAAUCAAAGCCGGAGGUGAUGAAGUCGAUCCUAGAUGGCCUUGCAGAUACCACCUUCCGCACCAUCACGACAGACCUCCUCUACGUGGGCUCGAGUGACAUUCAGUAUGAAGAUUUCAAAGGCGACAUGGCGUCCAAAUUAGGGUACUUCCCACAGAAGUUUCCUUUAACUUCCUUUAGGGGAAGUCCCUUCCAAGAGAAGAUGACUGCAGGAGACAGCCCCCAGCUGGUCCCAGCAGACCAGGUGAACAUUACCGAAUUUUACAACAAGUCCCUUUCAUCCUACAAGGAAAAUGAGGAGGACAUUCAGUGUGGGGAGAACUUCAUGGAUAUGGAGUGCUUCAUGAUUCUCAACCCCAGCCAGCAGCUGGCCAUCGCUGUGUUGUCCCUCACACUGGGCACCUUCACGGUUCUGGAGAACCUGCUGGUGCUGUGUGUCAUCCUUCACUCACGCAGCCUCCGCUGCAGGCCUUCUUACCACUUCAUAGGCAGCCUGGCGGUGGCAGACCUCCUGGGGAGUGUCAUUUUUGUCUACAGCUUUGUUGACUUCCAUGUGUUCCACCGGAAAGAUAGCCCCAACGUGUUUCUGUUCAAACUGGGUGGGGUCACGGCCUCCUUCACCGCCUCGGUAGGCAGCCUGUUUCUCACAGCUAUUGACAGGUACAUCUCUAUCCACAGGCCCCUGGCCUAUAAGAGGAUCGUCACCAGACCCAAGGCCGUCGUGGCCUUUUGCCUAAUGUGGACCAUCGCAAUCGUGAUCGCUGUGCUGCCACUCCUGGGCUGGAACUGCAAGAAGCUGCGGUCGGUUUGCUCAGACAUUUUCCCGCUCAUCGACGAGACCUACCUGAUGUUCUGGAUCGGGGUCACCAGCGUGCUGCUGCUGUUUAUCGUGUACGCAUACAUGUACAUUCUCUGGAAGGCUCACAGCCACGCGGUCCGCAUGAUUCAGCGCGGCACCCAGAAGAGCAUCAUCAUUCACACGUCAGAGGACGGCAAGGUGCAGGUGACCCGGCCGGACCAGGCCCGCAUGGACAUUAGGCUGGCCAAGACCCUGGUCCUGAUCCUCGUGGUUUUGAUUAUCUGCUGGGGCCCUCUGCUUGCCAUCAUGGUAUAUGAUGUCUUUGGGAAGAUGAACAAGCUCAUUAAGACGGUGUUUGCAUUCUGCAGUAUGCUCUGCCUGCUGAACUCCACUGUGAAUCCCAUCAUCUAUGCUCUGCGAAGCAAGGACCUGAGACAUGCUUUCCGGAGUAUGUUCCCCUCGUGCGAAGGCACCGCGCAGCCUCUUGAUAACAGCAUGGGGGACUCGGACUGCCUGCACAGACACCCCAACAAUGCAGCCAGCGUUCACAGGGCCGCAGAGAGCUGCAUCAAGAGCACCGUCAAGAUUGCCAAGGUGACCAUGUCUGUGUCCACAGACACGUCUGCCGAGGCUCUGUGAGCCUGACCCUUCCCUGGCAGCAAAGGAAAAGAAAUUCCUUUUUUUUUUUUUAAGCUCCAAAUCUAGAAGAGUGUAUCAUCUCAUCAUUGUGUUUUUUUUUAUUAUUUUACAAUGCUCAGUGAGAAGGUGGUUGUCACCAUAAGCAGUUAUCAGUUCUCAAACAUUUUAGUAGGUAGGUCCUCAAACUCAGUCCUCUCGGGGUUUACAGUGAGGAAAACCUGUUGCUAAAGAGACUGGAAGGUCCUUCAAAGUCUCAGUGAAACAGGAGAGAAGCCUUUGGCUACAGAAUUUGAAGUUUAGAUAUCCAUAGAAAAAUGCCAUCAAAUGAGUAAUGCCUGUGUGACCACAACUUUUAUUAUAAUGUGAAACGUAUUUGUCUGAGUAUUAGAGAUGUCCAUUUUUACAGCAGUUAUAGUACUAAAGUAGACCUAUUUUGUAAAAUGUGUCAUGUGAAAUGUGUAUCGGUGUAUACUGUGUGUCAUUCAUAUUUGUCUAGCUCAGCAAAACUGAAAGGUAGACUUUUCUGAGAACAAUGGAACCCAAGCAGUGGAUAUAUGUCAGCGAGACCGCUUUCUAAACAAAUUAUGGCCCGUGAUUUAACUUCAGAACCCGUAAUAUUUUUUUCAAAUUUCUCUAUGUAAAUUUGACAUUGAAAUAAACAUAAAGGUUUAUUUUUUAUUUUUGUCAAUACAACAAGGAGAAUUUGAAGACUACCCAAAGUAUCGAGCAGAAUUCAUUGACACGUAAAAAUUUAUUAGCCCUGCAUUUUCAUACAAGGACAUUUAUUAUCUUCUGGAAAAUAGCUGUUCUGUUGAGUGAUGGAUUAUAAUCAGAACAGAAGAGAGAAAGCAUAUUGACUUUUUUCACUGGCAUCUCUGACUUUCUUUAGUCUUUAGCUACGAUGGGACCUCUUAAGAUAGCAUGUGUCAAUCUUAGUGUAUAUUGUCAUCACUGUGCAAUUGCUGUUUACUUGAAGAGUAUUGCAUCCUUCUUCCAGGUUUAAGUAGAUUUCAUGCCUGGGAGGCCAAACACGAGUCUUCAUUUCUUCUUCAUUGAGAAGAAGUAUUAUCUGGAUCAGUAAAAUUAUACUGUGUGUGAGUGUGAAUAUAAAUGUGUGUAUGUGUGUGUGUUUAUCCUGUAACUGUUAUAGUAAUGUCAUAAAGUGAGAAAACUGUGACCAAGUGUAAACUGUACCACUUGCUGCACUCUUGCGCAUGAAUUCAGUUUCUGAAGUGAAGUUCUUCCAGAAAUCUUGUUGAUAAAAACAUUGACCAUAAACAUUCAGAAAAUUCCCUUCCCUCCUUAAGAGCUUGGGUCAGUAUUACUAAUUGACCUUUCGGUAUUCCAUGAACAGUGUUUAGACAGGACUAUGCAGUGAUGAGCAUUCAAGUGGAGGUCUGCAUUUACAGAGUUAUGGCAGUGCAUUGCCAUGUAAUGCAUGAGAGCUUUUUGGUUUCUGAGCACCUACGAUCAAGACCAUGCACAUGUAAGUCAUUAAAAGGGAAGCAGUUCUAAAAACACCCAGUGGUGACAUUUUUCAGUUGUGCACGUAGGCAGUGAGAUCUCAGUUUAAGGUGCUCUGUAUACCACUUGCUGAAGUAGGACUUCCAGGUGUGGCCCACGUGGCUCAGGAGGCCUGUCAGACAGGGGGGGAGGCAGAACAAGUCAGUGAGGAGCCGCCCACUUGGAGCUGAGGCCUGGAUGAUACAGAUACAGAGCUUCACCCAGCUGCCCCUGGUGAUAACCCAGUGUCUGGCUUUGGGUGGUUUGGGCUAUGGGAUAGGCCUCUCCUCUGCUCCUGCUUAAGCAUAAAGAGAGGUAUAGCUUGCUUUCUUCCUAUGCCCCAGCCUCAAGCUCCUUAACGUGCCAUGGGUGCUCAGAAUGAGGCCCUUUCCCAGUAAACAGUCAUGCUGCUCAAGAAGCCACCUGACCCUGCCAAGCUACUUACAGUCUUCUCCUUAUACAGAUAAAGCAUGGCUCCUGCGGGCCCCAGAGGCCUGCAUAGCCUGAAAUGAAGUGGAGAGCUAGCCUUUAUCUGGUGAUGCCUAGCCAUCUAGACACCGCAGCAGCCUGAUGGGGGCAGUGUCCUUUCUUGCAGUGUGUGGCGUAAGGCUGAAUGUGGCUUCUGGACCAAGCUUGGGAUGUAUUAUUGUCUGUCUCUACAGCUUGAAUCUGCUUGCUGGUUCCCUCUCUGGGAUAUACAGGUAAGGGCCUAGGGUGCUGGAGGAUGAAUAAGGUCAUUUUAGAAGAAGGAGAAAAGACUAUUUAAAAAAAAACUCACCAGGGUCUAGCUUCCAUUUAAGAGUUGCCACUCUUUGGUCCCACAUUAUCCUGAGUAUUAAUCCACACAUCUCAGAGCUCACUAGGCAGUACCAACUCUUUCCUUAUGGUGAUGGAGAUCUGGUAAAGAUGCAAUUCUUGUUAUUGGUAGAAAAACUCAAGGAUUAAUUUUUGAAACUGUACUUGUAUGUAUGCAAUGUAGAUUUUAUAGUGUGUUGUGCUUUCAAGAUUAAAUCACAUAUAAUAAAUUAAGGGACAAUGGGGCUGACAGCACUAAACUUGGUGCUUAUUGAUAUUCUAAAAAAUAUCUGUGAAAUAUCAUCAUGUAUGUGUUACACCACUGUCAUUUUAAAACACUGAAAUUAGUCUGACUCACUUCGAUACUUUUAAUAUCAUUUCCUAACCCAAGUGACUCAAAUGUUCUCCCCAAUGAAUAUACUCAUUAGAAUUACCAUUCAUUAGUAUCAUUCAUUAAUUAGUCCCUUAAUCAGACCCAUUAAUUUAAAUAUUAUUUAGAUUUCAGUAAGUUUUAUAAAGUCUAACUUCAGAGUUACCGACUCUUCUCUGAGGGUAACAUACUUUUCUUGACUGUGCAUUUCACCAUCAUGUGUCUUCAGAAAGGGCCAAAUUCCCAAACUGCUCAAUUUCUUCAGAAUAAUGAUGAAUCUUUCCAUCUUAGAUUGACAGUUUAAUUUAGACAAGAAGGACUGUCUCCAAAACCCUCUAAUUUUCCAUUACAUAUGAAAGAGAUGUCAAAGACACUUGGGUCUGGGAGAAGCUGCUGACAUAUGCCUACACUUGAGAUGGUUACCAAGCCCUCCCAUCACCUCACGUCAGGUCUAUCUGGCAUUAAGUGUCAAGGAAUUUUGGCCUCUAAACCCAUGCUGUAGGAAUUAGGCCCUGGAUGAGUAGCAUUCUAGUUACUGUCCUGUUGAUUAAUUUCUGCCAUUCCAUAUCUGUAAAAGAGACCACCAAUAUCAUGUGCAAAAUUAGAUUUCUCACAAUCUAACUGUAUAUUUGUAUGAUAUUUUUAAAUCUCCUAAAUGCUGGGCAAUGGCUAUCAACAAUUGUCUUGCACUAGCCUUCUAAUGAAAUGUUAACAAUGCCUAUUAUAAUAUAGACAAAACAUUUUGUCUACUGAUUUGGGCUGAAUGUAUGUAAAUAGGUUUUAAAAAAAGUCAGAUAUUUAAACAGUGGCCUACAAAUCAGUAAUUUUCAGAUAGAAGAGUUUCUUUUUACAUUGCUGUGGCAUCCUAAAAGCUAUCUUCACAUAAACUUAGUGUACUAGGCCUGCUGGGGAUCAGAGGCCCCAAGAAAAGAAACCUUUUCUUGUAAUAAUAUGAAUCAAGAUACCAGAUUAUCUGGAUUCUUCUUUCCAGUGUUUCAAGUGGAAAACAUAAGUAUGGUCUGUAAAACUAACAUUAUUACUUUUUCCUCUUAGAAAAUAUUGUAUUGUUAGAUGUUUGUUGAGCUGGUAACAUCCUUGCAACUGCUGCAAUAUCUUCGUUAAUAAUCUGUAUAAUACUUUGUACACAAGUACUAGUAAGAUUGUUAUUCAAUGUAGCUUACGUCAUUAAAUUACUCUAGCACAGUAGUACUUCUGUAAUAUUUACAAUGUAUUAAGCCCACACUAUAUUUUAUUUCAAUGAUGUAAUUAAAUUGUUAUUUAUUCAAAAAGAAAACAUCCCAUCAUGUCUAUUGUCCAAAGUUACCUGGAAUCAAAUAAAAAUUCUAGAUUAUCACAAAGAACGUAAAA